UCUCACUCGAGGGGCAUGACUUUGGUCAGCUGAGAACGGCCAUUGGUGGACUCUGAGGAGAGGAGAUGUUUAGAAGCUCAUGAGCAGUAAGGCAGCACUUGAUUGAGAUCGUUGCCCUGAUCUUCGUGCUUCGACACUUGAUUUCACAGAGAGAAACAUUCCGGAGAACUUCUUGGGGCAUCCAACUGAGUCUUGCGGCUUUCAUUGACUUGUCCCGGUUUGCUGAAUUGUACUGAUUUGUGUUGCUGUUUAGUGUUGGCCUUUGGACUGGACUGCUGGUAUCUGGACAACAAAAGGUGGACACACCCCAAGGAACUACUUCUAAAAAGAGAGAAACGUUCCAGAGAACUUCUUGGAGCAAUCCAACUGAGUCUUGCGGCUUUUGGUGAUUUGUUGUGAUGAUUUGUACUGUGUUUAGUGUUGGCCUUUGGACUGGACUGCUGGUAUCCAGACAACAAAGGGUGGCCUCAUCCUAAGGAGCUACUUCUAAAAAGGAUAUGAUAGAGUCAGACUAAUUCUCUGUGAUGCAGAACAUCCUGCCAACUUCUACUACAGGCUUCUAGAGAACGGUGAAAUUUCUUAAUGGCAGAGUCAGGAAGAGCCCCUUCAGCGAUGCAGAGCUAUGCUUCCUGUUUGAAAGCAAGGCAGAGAUGGGGCACAGAAGCUGGCAGACAGGUGGUAUGAAGCAGUCAGAAAUUGCUCACCAGGACUCACUGCCUCAAAAGGCAAAGCUGAACUCUGUCGCCACCUUCCAUCCAAAUGGUGCAUUGCAUGUUCCCCAUCUUAGAAAAUGACCGCAGGGAUACCACUGGGGGCUUGGAGUCUGCACCUUGGGCCAGACAAUGAUGGCUUCCUCUCCACAAGGUCCUGUACUUUAUCCUUCUCAAAAAAGCUCUGACGCCAAGAAGGAAUUUCAGAGUUUUCCCAGAACCUACAGGGUCCAUGAUUCUCAACAGAUGGUGUGGGUCCUGACUGGAAAUUCUUUAAUAGCAGUUCCUGCCAGCAACAAUGUCAAGCCUGUUGUUCUUAGCGUGAUGACAUGUAGAGACACAGAAUUCCAAGAUACAGAAAAGGGUAAUCUCGUUUUUCUGGGAAUCAAGAACAAAAAACUGUGUCUCUUCUGCAUGGAAAUUGACAGCAAACCCACUUUGCAGCUUAAGGAUGUAGACAUCACUGAAGUAUACAAUGAGAGCAAAGCACAGAAAGCCUUUCUCUUCUACCAUGGCACAGAGGGCUCCACGUCUGUCUUUCAGUCAGUCUCCUAUCCUGGCUGGUUCAUAGCCACCUCUUCCACCGCAAGACAGACAGUCACUCUUACUCAGCAGAGGGGUGAAUCUAAUAACACUAACUUCUACUUAGAGCCUGAGGAUUUGUUGGUAUAAUGUCCUUUUGGAAUGUGUACGAUUUACCCUUGUUCAUUCAAAUGCUGAUUUCUCUCCCCCACUAUCUGGUUUCAAUCCGGACAUUGCAUUGUGAUGCUUAUUUUAGGUAUCACUUGUCUCAAGUUUGUGUAAACAUGCCUCCAUUUGUUCUCUAAAUUGUCAAUUAAAACAACCAGCCACAAGCAAUGGAGAGGAUAGGGUGGGACAUUCUGGUCCAGAGUGGGAGGAAGAGGAAAGAAGCAGGGAGAGGAGAGGAGGGGAAUCUGGAGAAGUCUUGGAACCACGUGGAGAAAUGAACCGGACCUAAGAUAUCACUAAAAGCAAGUAUAAUGGCUAAAUCUGAAUGGUAGGAAACUAUGCAGGGUUGGAGGUUUAGGAUGGAGUAACUAUUGCCCAGCAUUGUGCUUUAGGUUAAUUAAAUAAACCCUAGUCUCUGUGUGGUGAUUUGGUUAUACAGCUGUUUAGGAAUAAUUGCUGCUUAAGUAAAACAUAUAUCAAUAGUAAAUAUUAACAUACCACAACAAGGAUUAGAUCCAGCAUGAGCCAUAUGUGGCUGAUUCCAGGACAAAGAACCAAACUGUUGGAGAAUCUUUUACUUGAAAACACAGCAAAGCAUCUUAACGAAAAAAAAAAAAAAAAAACAACAAAACAAAACACAAAAAACCCACCAUGCUAUCUCUUCUCCAGACAUCCAUUUCUGAAGUAUCACUCAUUUGGACAUCAUUCUCAUGCAGCAUGAAGCCCAAAAUCUUUUAUCCUUUUAUCCUUUUCUGAUCUUGUCCCACCAUCCAUGCAGCUACCCAGUCCAGUCAAGUCACAGUGUUCUUAUGUGCAGCGCUCCCUCCCUGUUCUCCCAGCAGCCCUUGGUGCAGAGAUGUGGAGUCCAGUCAAUCCAAGGUUCUUCCUUCUUAACUUUAUGCAUGUUUAUUGAAAACAUGAUAAAUAACUAAAAAUAAAUCUCAAAAAUGAGGCACUAUAAAAGGAUACUUUCUAUGUCUUGGUAAUCACAAUAGAUUCAGAAAAUCAUCAGCUAAAGUAUGACACACAAUGUAUACUUGUAUUAUGGUGACUAUUAGCCAAAGUGAAUAUAAAAUGAAUCCAAACUUCAAAGACAUAUUCACAUUAAUUUGAAUUUCAAGCAAAUUAUAUUGUCUUUAGUGAUUGGAAAUUGAAGGAUUGGUUCUGAUAUUCCCUUGUGUUUUCUGAAAUUUUUGCAGUGUUUGUGGGGAUAGUUUUAAGUCAGUUUUUUAUUUUGUGAAGGUGUGGUUAUUUGAAUAAGAAUGUCCCUUAUAGACUCAUAUUUGAAGGCUUGGUUACUAGGGAGUUCAACUAUUUGAAAGGUUUACAAGACUUAGGCGGCAUGGCUUUGUUGGAGUAGCCAUGGUCUUGUUGGAGGAAGUGUGUCACUGAGUGGGCUUUGAGGUUUCAAGAGCCCAAGCCAGGCCCAGAAAAAAAUUUCUCUUCCUAUGGAUCCGGAUGUAUGACUCUCAGCCUCUUCUUCAGCACCAUGGCUGCCUGUGUACCCCUGUUCUUCCAGCCAUGAUUAAUAAUAGAUUUUCUUCUGAAACUGUAAUCAAGUCCCCAGUUAAAUACUUUAUCUUAUAAGAGUUGCUGUGGUCAUGGUGCCUCUUCACAGCAAAAGAACAGUGACUGAGAUAGAGGGUUACUUUAGCUAAAAGUCACAUGGAUUGCAAUAGACUAUGGGAUCCUGAAUAUAAAGAUAAGCAUGGUAAGUUGUCUUCCUUCAGGCCUCACAUAUGCAAAUCAGUAUAUUAGGACUUAUGAUGCUGCAAACCCGCCAUUGAGUUAAAAGUUCUUGGCCAGGUGAAAUAUGUUCCAAAACCUGUCCUGGAAUUAUCUUCUAUACUGUCAUCACCCAUGAUUCCUUUUGGGAUACUCCUUGAAUCCUGCUUUACAUCUCAUAGCUUGCCUUUUAGUCCUGCCAUUUUUAUGUAAGAAGUUUCAAGAAGGUACUAUAUGACAGCUUGCUAUCUCAGUCACAUUGCUUAUCUCUUCCUAUUCCCUAGGACAUCUGGUAAAGGAUUGUUGCAGACCUUGCUUGGUACUCACACAUGCACAAAUGUGGAUAUGUGUGUGUGUGUGUGUGAGAAAGAGAGAGCUGUUCUAUUAGAACAUUUGACCAGUGUACAUGGGAGUGGGUCAGGGAUAGCUACUCUUUUCUAUCAACACAGAUCUGUGAUGUUCUCUGUGUUGGUCCUCUGAAGGUUUCAGCAGGACUAAGAAAAUCAUAAACACUGAACUCAAGAACUCCUCCCCGCAUUGAUCUCCCUCAUUUUCCUUCUUCAAUUUCCCAGCUCCAACUCUUGCUCCCUGGAGCAAGAUUUUUCAUUGCCACACAUGCAGGAUACCUUUAUCUCAGAAUCUGCCCUAGAAGAACGGAUUCUACCAAAGUAAGCAUCUCUCCUUUUCACUAUCCAUACCAUUACUGGAUUUUUUUUUGCCUCUUUAUUUCUGUUAAUGCCUUCACAUGUGUCUCUGACAUGUUUAUCACUUCACAGCUCGUCAGUUAUAUCUUCCUUUUUGGUUUUUCAAGACAGAUAUUCUCUGUGUAGCUGUGGCUGUCCUGGAACUUCCUCAGUAGACCACGCUGGUCUCAGACCCACAGAAACCUGCCUGCCUCUACCUCCUGAGUGCUGGGAUUAAAAACAUGCACCAAUACUGACUAGCCUGUUGUAUCUUCUUAACACCCUAAAUCUGACCUAUUUGGAGGCCACAUUCCAUCUCCCCAGCCAAAGGCAACACCUUCUCUUUGAAAUCACAGAAAUUUUACUUUCUUAUGGAAAAUUUCUUUUGUGUGGCUUUGUACUAUUCUCAUGUGCUGUAUAACAAUUCCUCAAGAAAUGUUGCUAAAAUAAAUUAUCACUGCAUACUGUGCAUCUUACAUCAAUACCAAAGUGUGUUGGCAAGAUGUCACCUUGCAAAGGCAUAGGAAGUAUUCAGCUCCAAGGAAUUAAUUAAUUAAUUAAGCUCCUCAAAGAACAUGAAACUAAAAGCCAGAAAGGCUGCUUAGUAACAUUUAAUCUCAUUUUCUCUGCUUCUUUUCCAUAUGAUCCUUGUGACUUCAGGAAACUUUGGGCAUGUAAAGAUGUCUGCUCAGGAAAUGGUCUUUUUAUGGUGUCUUUGGCCUAUCUGGCUCUAUCCUUCCUCCCACUCCCACAGCACACCCAAAGCUUGGCCUAUUGUUUGGCUGUGGGUCUCUGCUUCUGUUUCCAUCAGCUACUGGAUGAAGCCUCUCAGAAGAUACUUAUACUAUCCGUUCCUGUCUGGAAACAAAGGAGGAGUGAAUCUGGGGGACAGGGCACACCGGCGAGGGACUGGAAGGAGUGGAGAGAGAAACUGCAAUUGGAAGCUGGGCUGCCUUAUCUGGCCUCAGUGGGAGAGGAUGUGUGCAGCCCUGCUGCAACUUAUUGUACCAGGGUGGGUUGGUACCCAU